UCCAGGCCCAGGAACUUUUGUAGGGGCGUUGUCGCACUCCGUGUGUGAGAAGGGUGGCUGGCUGCUCGACGUCUGUUCGGUUUCAUAGGUUCCUGCUGUUACAGCUAUGUUUACUUUUGGAUGUUCUGUUUUUGUUUUUUGUUCAAUUGGUUUUCCCCAAUUCUCUUCAUAUAUCAGACUAUUUCAAAGAGCAUCAUUGAAGGAGAAGUUGAGUAACCUGGACUUGAGUUUUCCUGUGUGUAAAGUGAAGAUAUUCUCAUACCGUCCACUGCUUUCAAAAGAAGUGUUAAUGGAGUUAAGGGAAUAUGACACCUCUUUAAAGCAAAAAGCGAAAGCAAAAAUUCUAUGGAAUGCGAGGCAAGAGGAGACAGGUUUCCAGAAGCUUAUGCUGGCUGUAAUUCUAAUGAAUAUUGCUGCAAUUAGGGGACUUUGUGUUUCUCCCUUGACUCUUGUGGAAUCUGAACCCCAACUAGUUUGCAGCACUUCUUGGCUCUGUAAACCUUUGAGCAGGAUUCUUAGGCUCUUUUUUCUUUUGUUUCCACAUACUUAAAAUGGGAAUUGAUAAUAUCUUGAAGAGUUGGUGAGUCCUUUUCUAAGAACUCAGGCACUCAGGUAUCCACCAUGGUGUUGGGUCCUGAACAGAAGAUACCAGAUGAAGAUGCUUCUGGAGACCAUGGAGACUCUGCCAGUCUUGGUGCCAUCAACCCUGCCUACAGUAACUCCUCAAUUCCGCAGUCCCCCGGGGCGGGCUCAGCGGACCCCUUCACCACCUACUUUGAUGAGAAGAUUGCCAUUCCUGAGGAGGAGUACUCUUGUUUUAGCUUUCGUAAACUCUGGGCCUUCACGGGACCAGGAUUUCUUAUGAGCAUUGCUUACCUGGAUCCAGGAAACAUUGAGUCUGAUUUGCAGUCUGGAGCAGUGGCUGGAUUUAAGUUGCUCUGGGUUCUUCUGUUGGCCACCAUCGUGGGGCUCCUGCUCCAGCGCCUUGCAGCUCGACUGGGAGUGGUCACUGGGCUGCAUCUGGCUGAAGUGUGUCACCGCCAGUAUCCCAGGGUUCCGCGAAUCAUCCUGUGGCUGAUGGUGGAGCUGGCUAUCAUUGGCUCAGACAUGCAGGAAGUUAUUGGCUCAGCUAUUGCCAUCAAUCUCCUGUCUUUAGGAAGGGUUCCUCUAUGGGGUGGAGUUCUCAUCACCAUUGCAGAUACUUUCGUAUUUCUCUUUUUGGACAAAUAUGGCUUGAGGAAGCUGGAAGCAUUUUUUGGUUUUCUCAUCACUAUUAUGGCCCUCACAUUUGGCUAUGAGUAUGUUACAGUGAAACCCAGCCAGACCCAGGUCCUCAAAGGCAUGUUCCUGCCAUCCUGUUCAGGCUGUCGUACCCCACAGAUUGAGCAGGCUGUGGGCAUCGUGGGCGCUGUUAUCAUGCCACACAACAUGUACCUGCAUUCUGCCUUAGUUAAGUCCAGACAGGUAGACCGAGCCAAUAAGCAGGAAGUUCGAGAAGCGAAUAAGUACUUCUUCAUUGAGUCCUGCAUCGCGCUCUUUGUUUCCUUUAUCAUCAACGUCUUUGUCGUCUCCGUGUUUGCCGAAGCCUUUUUUGGGAAAACCAACGAGCAGGUGGUUGCAGUCUGUAAAAACAGCAGCAGUCCCCACACUCACCUUUUCCCAGAGGAUAACUCAACACUGGCUGUGGACAUCUACAAAGGGGGUGUUGUGCUGGGGUGUUACUUCGGGCCUGCCGCUCUCUACAUCUGGGCAGUGGGGAUCCUGGCUGCAGGGCAGAGCUCCACGAUGACAGGGACCUAUUCCGGCCAGUUUGUCAUGGAGGGAUUCCUGAACCUAAAAUGGUCACGCUUUGCCCGAGUGAUUCUGACCCGCUCUAUUGCCAUCAUCCCCACUCUGCUUGUGGCUGUCUUCCAGGACGUGGAGCAUCUAACAGGGAUGAAUGACUUCCUGAAUGUUCUUCAGAGCUUACAACUUCCCUUUGCUCUCAUACCCAUCCUCACGUUUACGAGCUUGCGGCCUGUGAUGAGUGAAUUUGCCAAUGGAUUAGGCUGGAGGAUUGCAGGCGGUAUCUUGGUCUUUAUCGUCUGUUCCAUCAACAUGUACUUCGUCGUGGUUUAUGUGCAGGAUCUAGGGCAUGUGGCAUUGUACGUGGUGGCUGCAGUGGUCAGCGUAGCUUAUCUGAGCUUUGUGUUUUACUUGGGUUGGCAAUGUUUGAUUGCACUGGGCAUGUCCUUCCUGGACUGUGGGCACACGUACCAUCUGGGAUUGACAGUUCAACCUGAACUCUACCUUCUGAACACCAUGGAUGCUGACUCACUUGUGUCUAGAUGACUGACAGCCUGAGGGACUAUAUAAGACCCACUUUCUCUUAGCCCUUUUGUGCCAAGUGUCCUGUUAACAUAUCUGUUUGUUCAGUGGUGAGUUUUGUUCAAACGUUUUGAACAAAAGGUAAAAAUUUCCUCAUGGGAAGGGUAUUAAAGCUGACAGCUGUGAAGUGUAGGUCAGAGACCCACCCACCUCACAAUAGCCCUACAACUGCCAGAGUUAAAUGAUUAGCCUAUGAUGGCCACACACCCCUAUGGGCUUGUGUCUGGACUUUUGGAAUUUUAAAAAUAUAUCUGUGUGUAUGUUUAUGUAAACCUGAACUUACUGGUUUGGGUAGAGUUUUAUAUAAAAAUGAUAUUUUGUAUUUUUUAAACAAAUUUGUUCAGAUAAAUCAUAUUUAUUUUGUCUAAAUCACAUGUAACAAAGGAAGAAGAGCGCUGCUCUUUUUCAGAAUGAACUGGUCAAAUAGACUGACUUUUAAAGUGAUACUUGACUGUGGCCAGUCAAACUUGACUUGGAUUCAAUCAACCAACCCUUGGUAACUGCUGGUACUAGCACAUCAUUUCCAAAAGAAGACAUUUCUUUUAUGUCUUAUUUCAUCCUGGUUGUUGGUGUGCUCUGUGAUUAUUAUUUUUCUCUAUUGUUGUUUUUCUUGAAUUUUUUUUCAGAGAUACGAUGGUAUUUUCCAAAGAGCUUAGUACCUAGUGACAACAUCCAGAAAUCAUACUUUAAUCAAUAAUCAGUUUUCCAUGCUGCAUUGUAACUCAGCCCAUUCUAGCACUUUAGGUAUAAAAAGAAUUCUAACAUUGAGCUUUAUAAAGCCCAACAUAAGGUAAUGGACGUAUUAGUUUUCUUUCUAACGUGUGUGUAGUCCCACCACGUCUUGUCUUCCCACUUUUCCUAUUAAUACUGCAGACACCAUUUCUAGGCCAAAGUCUAUUUCCUGGAGUGGCUGAUGUUUCUACUGCUGACUCUCCUAGGGAAUGCUAAGCAUUUUAAGUUUAUUUAUACCAAGUAGUAUGAGAUCAGACCUACGCUGGGACUUGGAGGAUUGGUCCACAUGUCAUACACUGCCUGCCCACGUAUGGGUUAUAGAUUUUUUUUGACUCUUCUUCCUAACCAGAAUUUUUUUCCAUAACAUUUUUAUAAUAAAACAUUUAAUACUUAAAACUUUCUGCAGAAAGUUUCUGCAUAUUGAUCUGAUUGAAAAGUUAGAACCUUUUCAACACCAGGCUCACACCUCUUCAUGAAAGUGCAGUUGGCUUACGCUGAAUGGCAGCUAUCCAUUUUUAAUGGAAUACAGUCCGUGCCUUCGCUCCUUUUCUUCCAGCCCCAAAGGCUUUGCGUUUGGAAACCCCGCAGGCUUUGUAUGUUUGAGCAUCAUUUUCCUCUUUCAGCAUAAACCUCACUGCCUUACUUUAAAACUUUGCACAUUUCAAUAAGACUUUAAAAAAAAAUCCAGACAUUGCCUUUGUCAUUUAUGAUUUGAUCCUGUAAGUGGCACGGAUUUUUUUCUGAUUCUUAAAAUUCCGUCAUUUCUAAUUUGUGACCCUUGAAACUUCUGAUAAGAGCAAUAGCCUUGCAACCCACGUUAGAGACCUUCUGAUCUUAAAAGUAAAACUGAAUUAACCUCAUUUAUCAGCUUUUAUUUGAAAAAAAGACUUAAAAAAUGAGUUUCAGUGUUUUGGUUUCUUUAUACAGAGACAGCAACUCUAUAUAUGAAUCAGUUUGUUGCAUUUUUUUCUCCCUCCCUGGGCAGUUCCAUUUCUCAGUCGUUUCAUUACCAGAGGAUGUUUGGGGAAAAAAAAAAAAGCAGAAAGAAUCCUGUUUUACAACUCAUAAAAAGAUAAGGUGGUUGGUUAAAUAGAGAUUAAGUACUUGAGGGGUUUCUGUAGCUUUUCUCCAUUUUUAAAUUGUAUGUUAUUAGGAACAGACUAGAGUUUACAGCAAAAAUUUAUCAGUUUACCUCUCAGGUCAUACAACUCCUGUAAUCGGAAAACUGUAUAAUAAAGCAAGCCGAAUCAUGCUAAAACCAGUGGAGGAGACUGAUGUCUAACAGUAAGUCUUGGACAAACGUUUUUGCUAAGUUAAUAUUUAAUCAUUCCUUAUGCUUAUAUGGAAAAUAAUAUAAUCAGUCUCCCUCCUUUUUUGACCCCACUGUGUGGAAUAUGGGAUUCCCCAUCAGAGAUUGAACUCACGCCCCCCGACCCCUGCAGUGGAAGUGCAGAGUGUUAACCACUGGACCACAAGGGGGAGUUCCAAUAUAUUCAAUCUCAAGAUUAACCUAGAUUCAUAUACUCACUCAGUUUCUGAGGUUUAACACUAUGGAGUCAAUUUGUAAAAGGAUACUCUGAUAGUAUAUAUCCAAGAUGUCAGAAAAAUGCAAUUGAAUAGUUGUUACUGAACAGCUGCUGCUAUAUAACUGUGUGCUGGCCUAAUAAAAAAGUAGUCAGAGCAUACCCAAUAGUCAGGGAGGCAUCAGAGGUUAUAGCAGCUGAUAAAAAUAGCCUCAAUUUUAAACAUUAUGAUAUUAAACACCGAGCCUUUGUCCCAGAAAUAUUGUACAAAUUCAGGUUUGUAUCUGUUUAUAGGGUCUUCCCUCAAUGACCUCCCCUGUUUGGCCAAGCUAAUGUUGGUAAAUGGGCUUCCUGCAUACUUUUCUCCAUAAAUGAUUUUACAUUUUAAUUUAAGCAUAAUUUUUGAGCUCUUAUGUAUAGCUACUUUUAAUAUUUUUCAUUGCUUUUUUCAAGCAAUAAAUACAUUAGUACUUUCAGAGUAAGAUUAUCACAAAGUUCUGGGAUCUUUUGUGUUUUGAGAAGAGCCCAUUUCUGAGUUAACACUUCAGUUCAUCUAUUUUUAAUGCUGAGCAUGUUUUGGGAGAGGGGGAUGUUUCUGGUAGCCUGAUUAGAAGUAUCUUCAUUGUGUAAUCAACAUGAAGGAUGACAUUUCUGUGCCAGAGGUCUUAAAAUUUCCUGAUUUCAUGGAACAUAUUAGAGCCAACUGCUGGAAUGUUUACUCCAGUGAAGUAGCGUAGUUGCAUUCUUUCCUCGCCUGUUUUCUAAAGAGGACAGUGUUGACUGAAACAUGUCUGUUUGUUGGUGGCACUUGAAGAGCCUCAUAGUAGGUACACAUGGCAACUCUAAAAAUAAUUACCCUGAGCCAGUAGAGAAGAGUGUAUAUAAUACACAGAACAAUGAGUUAAUGUCUAGAAUGCAGAUAUAUUUUCAAUAUUGUUGCAUCUUUCCCUUCCCCAGAUACUAGACUUGACCUUCCAGUCAGAGUAUUUCUCCACUACAGAAAACAUAAAGAAGAGGAAAGCAUCACCACAGAUCAUAUUGCAUUUUAGUGCACUUUUUGUUUUUUUACACCACAGAUCAUAUUACAUGCAUUUUAGUGCACUUUUUAUUUUUUUACCUUGGCAUUCUUGAUUUUAUCUCAGUGGGUACUUUUUUUUUUCCUUUGGUUUUCUUUCCCAGAAGCGCCUGGCAGGCCCUCCAGUCCAUGGGGUCACAACGAGUCGAACACGACCGAGUGACUAAGCGCAUUUCUUUCCCAGGCCUGGAGUCAGAAUAAAUCUGAGGCAUAAUGGUUAUGACUUCAAUAAGGUGGAACUAGUUUUUAGAACCCUAGGCUUACAGAGGAGCUUGAGGCCUCGGGUAUACUUCACAUUUAUUAUCUUCUCUGUUUCCUGUGUUUUCUGCAGUAUCGUACCAGAUUAGCAGCAGCACAAAUGGACUAAAUCUUUCCGCUCCCACAACACUGCCAUUUGAGGUAAAAGGGAUAUUUUUUUUUGGAGUUUACCUCUGUACUCCAGACAUACUUUCGAGAAGUAUAAAGAUGAAUACACAAAUAUUUAAAUGUUAGACAUUUAUGUUUGUGGUAAAUUAGUCAGGUUUCUGUAUAAGAGUGACGUGCACAGUGGUGAACCAUUUUUUUUUUUAAUUUCACUGAGCCCCAGGCAGCGCGCUAACCUGUGCUAACCUGCGUGUGUCCCUCUGCUUGUCUGGUACACUCCCACACGUGGCCUCCCAGCUGAACCAAAAUUAAAUAACAACAUGGCCAUUCAUUCGCCUCUGAUGUAAUUUUUGCCCAUUCUAAAAAGGAGUUAAUGAAAGCCUCAAUUACCCUGCCCUGUUUGGAGAGAAUUAAGUGAUGAAUAGAGCGUCAUGUCUAAUAUGGAUAGUGAAAAUUUUUCUGUAGCGACCUAAUUUUCAGAUUGAUUUGGCAUAAUAUAGAUUAUUUUCUGCUGUUAACUAGAAAAUAAAAAUUUUAAAAGUCAGAAAAUCAUGUCCUAGGUUCUAAAGGACAUCAACAAAGAUAUUUUUGAGUUGACUAUUUAUGAUAGUUGAUUUGGAAAUCAACGUCUUAAAAAAAUUGAAGGCUGUGAGAAUUCUGACUGAAAUUUCUGCAGUAUAAUUUGCUACAUAUUGAAAAUUCAUUUUUUGUAAGUACUUUUCAGAAGACUUCUUAUUUUUCUUAUAUGUGGCUUCAUUUUUUGUAAUCCUUAUAGAGUAGAGAACACCUAUAAGCAAAAAGUUGUAUAUCAAUAGAGUAUGGAUAGGAAACAAACACUGAAUUUCAUCACUUGUAUUUUUUCUAAAACAAUUGAAAGCAAACAUCCUCUAUCUUAUUAUUUUUUGGCUUGGAUCAUACAGCUGACUCCAGAACUGGGG